UUAAGAUGGCGUCUCCUCAGGGGGGCCCGAUGGCGAUCGCGAUGCGGCUGCGGAACCAACUUCAGUCGGUGUACAAGAUGGACCCGCUGCGGAACGAGGAGGAAGUCCGAGUGAAGAUCAAGGACUUGAACGAACACAUCGUCUGCUGUCUGUGCGCCGGCUAUUUUGUGGAUGCCACGACCAUCACGGAGUGUCUGCACACCUUCUGUAAGAGUUGCAUAGUGAAGUACCUGCAGACCAGCAAAUACUGUCCGAUGUGCAACAUAAAAAUUCACGAAACCCAACCGCUGCUCAACCUCAAACUUGACCGGGUCAUGCAGGACAUCGUGUACAAGCUGGUACCCGGCCUUCAGGACAGUGAGGAGAAAAGGAUCCGGGAAUUCUAUCAGUCACGAGGCCUGGACCGAGUCACCCAACCCACUGGGGAAGUCACCGUGUCUCUCCUAGAACCAGCCCCGGGUACCCUUGGCCUCCCCUACAACAGCUUUGACCAUUCAAAAGCCCACUAUUAUCGUUACGAUGAGCAGCUCAGCUUAUGCCUAGAAAAACUAAGCUCUGGCAAAGACAAAAAUAAAAGCAUUUUACAGCACAAGUUCGUCCGUUGUUCUGUCCGAGCUGAGGUUCGACAUCUCAGGAGGGUCCUGUGUAGAAGGCUGAUGCUAAACCCCCAACAUGUACAGCUCCUGUUUGACAAUGAAGUUCUCCCAGAUCACAUGACUAUGAAACAGAUUUGGCUUUCUCGAUGGUUUGGCAAGCCUGCACCCCUGCUCCUGCAUUACAGCGUAAAGGAAAAAAGGAGGUAGAAGCUGGCCUCCCUCCCCCACCCCAGAUAUUUAUGUGAGACCCACAGCGGUUUUAUUUUUGAAAUAAAAGCUGAAAAAGCACC